AUGGCUGACCAAGAAGUUCUGGGGUCCUUGAAUCUAGAGCGUCAAGAAUCCCUGAAACCUGAAGUGGAUAUGCGGGACUCAGCGAUCCUUUCAUUGGACAUGACUAUAUUCCGACGCAAUAUCCCGGCUCCAUCACAAAUGGGUCCGGUCCUAGGAAGAAGCUCGUAUAUUGACGAUAUCGCUCAUGGGGCGUCGACCUGGGAUCAACUAUGUGAGGACCUGGACGCGUUGUUGUACAGACUACGAUACUGGAAUAUGUCUUUGACUAUCCCAUUCCUCUCUCACGAAGUAAGUGCGGACGGAAUCAGAGCCUUGCCGAAGAUUGUCAAAGGCAUAGAGGACUUACAUUUCCCGUCGACGUACAAUGGGGACUUACCAGUAGUUGCCGCUGCCCUCUACGAACUGGUCGAAGAACGUGUACGUGCUGGACGGAAACUGGAAACUCCAAAGGAGUCUUUCGAGAUACUGAAGUGUAAGUUCGUGUCGACCCCGCUGCUGCGACAUCCAGACAGAACCAAGCCUUUCGUGAUUAUUCCGCAUGCUAACCCGUGGGCAGCGUGUGCUGUUUUGGGUCAGGAGCAUGAAGGACUCAUACACCCACUACAAAUUACUGGCAGAGUGUUGAAGGAAUCAGAGCUACGUUACCACAUAGCCGAGAAGGAAGCUCUCGCAAUCUUGCGGACUCUGGAAGUUUUCAGACCUCUAAUCCAUGGAUCAGAAAUCCCAGUUGUGGUGUAUACACGCUACUCUGUCCUAAAGUGGUUACUAGGGUCCAACACCGCAGAUGGACGACUACUGAAGUGGGGGCUGGAACUAUCAAGAUGGACACUGGAAAUUCACCGGAUUCAGAUAGAUGAGGACGGCCUUGCGGCCGUCCUUGGGUCCGGCAUUACUCCCAGGGAACAUUUAGAUAAAGUUGCAGAGACCCUGAUUCCCGCCAAGGGGCGUCUGAAAGUGAUUCCCCUAGUGAGUCUGGAGAUGUUGGACGCCAAUUAUCAAAGCUACGUUCUGAGUUUUGAUGGUGCUGCGAAGGAUGUUGCGGAUAUAUACUGGAAACUGCCAGGAUGGGAUGUUGUGAAGGCUGGAGGACGCACUGUAGAAGGUGUGACGGUCAACGAUGCUGAAUACCAUGGUCUGAUCCUGGGGCUAAAGCUCGCUAUGAAGUAUGACGUCAAGGAGCUUGUGGCAGUCGGUAAUUCUCGAAUCGUCGUCAAACAAGCUCAGGGUCUGGGCAAUUGCAACCGGCCUAACCUGCAACGACGCUUAGCUGAGUAUCAGGAUCUCAGGAAGAAUUUUAUGUCUGUGAAGUUGAUUCCUGUUAAACGUGAAUUUACCCAAGCGGCUGACUACUUGGCACGCUGGAAUGUGGAGGCUUACCAGGUUCUAGUUCACCUCGAGAUGAAGAUGGUGAGCUCAUCAGAGCACCCUGGACCGCAAUUUCCCACGAUCGCAUCACCGUAUUCUACUUUCACGAAGUGCGUGACCUGA